GACGUCACGCGGGGCGGCCAGGCGGGAGGCUGCGCCGCUGGGUUGCCCGCAAGAGGCAGCACUGCAUCCCCUUGCGCAGAGCACAAUGGCGGCUGUGUGGAGAGUGCUGAGCGCCCUGCAGCCCCGCUGCCUGCACACCGCCUGCGGCCACCGCAACUCCAACCGCACCUCCGUCACCCACCUCCGCCGCCAGGUGUACGGCCGCCUCUACCCGCUGCUGCUGGUCCGCACCGACGGCUCCACCAUCCACAUCCGCUACAAGGAGCCCAAAAGGAUCCUCAUGCUGCCCGUGGACAGCAGCACGCUGCCCGAGGCGGAGCGCAAGGCCCGGCUGCGGCGGCAGUUCCCCAGCAAGCUGCGGGCCAAGCAGGAGGAGGCCUUGGAGGAGCUGGACUUGGAGAAAUACAAGAAAUUUUGGAAGAAGUGAGGCACCGAUUUGGGGUCACCCUCCCCCCCCCCCCAAGACUCCCUGCCAAGAGGUGGCUGAUGGACACAGCUACAGAAAUAAACAGAAGAGCCAUUUUGUGAAGAAUUUA